UCCCGACAGAGAUCGGCGAUAUAUCGCUCAUGACUGCGGCGCGUUGACGCGCGACGCCACACCCUGCGCGCGCAGCUCUGACUCACGACGCCGCGCUUCAUCCUGCGCACAUUCAUCCCUCACACGAACAGCGGACUCCAGCCAUGGCAGAAUCCGAGACGCGUCAGAGGCUGCUGCGCAACGUCAAGAAGGAGGUCAAGCAGAUCAUGGAGGAGUCCGUGACACGCAAGUUUGUGCAUGAAGACAGCAGUCACAUAUUCUCUUUCUGCGGUGUGGUGGAAGCGUGUGUUCUUCACGGUCUGAAGCGACGGGCCGCUGGAUUCCUGCGCAGCAACAAGCUGACGGCUCUCUUCAUGAAGGUGGGGAAGAUGUUUCCAGCAGCUGAGGAACUCUGCAGAAAAGUUCAGGAACUGGAGCAAAUCAUCGAGAACAAACAAAACCAGAGUCAGACGAGUCAAGAGAGUGUGCGGAAACAGCCCCGGCCGCCAAACCUGUCGCCGCUGGCCAUCAAACACCUGUGGAUCCGCACGGCGCUCACAGAGAAGCUGCUGGACAAAAUCGUCCUGUAUUUGGUGGAGAACAGCAGCAAGUUUUAUGAAAGAGAAGCUCUUCUGAGAGAUCCAGUUGACGGCCCAAUCCUCGCAUCUUUGCUUGUCGGUCCCUGUGCUUUGGAGUACACAAAAGCGAAGACCGCCAAUCAUUUCUGGACGGAUCCGUCGGCUGAUGAACUGGUGCAGAGACACCGCAUUCACAGCGGACACUGCCGCCAGGAUUCCCCCACAAAACGCCCGGCUCUCAUCCAGAAGAGGCAGUCGAGCGGCAGCAUGGAUGACCGGCCGUCUCUGUGGGCGCGAGAUUACGUCGAAUCUCUUCAUCAAAACUCCAGAGCCACGCUGCUCUUCGGGAAAAACAACGUCCUGGUGCAGCCGAUGGACGACAUGGAAGCAAUCCCAGGAUACCUCUCUCUUCACCAGACGGCCGAUCUGAUGACGCUGAAAUGGACACCGAACCAGCUGAUGAACGGAAACGUGGGGGAGUUUGAUUAUGAGAAAAGUGUAUAUUGGGAUUUUGCCAUGACCAUUCGUCUGGAGGAAAUCGUCUAUUUGCACUGUCAUCAGCAAGUGGACAGUGGUGGUACUGUGGUGUUGGUCAGUCAGGACGGGAUCCAGAGGCCUCCGUUCCGCUUCCCUAAAGGCGGUCACCUGCUGCAGUUCCUCACGUGUCUGGAGACGGGCCUCCUUCCUCACGGACAGCUAGAUCCUCCGCUCUGGUCCCAAAGAGGAAAGGGAAAAGUGUUUCCAAAGCUGCGUAAAAGGAGUCCGCAUGAGUCCUGCGAGUCGUUCUCAGACAAAGAUGAAGACGAGGCCACCGAUUAUGUGUUUCGGAUCAUAUAUCCUGGCAGUCAGGAGUUCGUGGCCCCGGAGCUGAUGGAUCAGACGGUGAACCUGUGGCAGCCCGCGCCGAGGAAGUCGUCUUGUUCCUCCUGCUCGCAGAACGGCUCGUCGGACGGCGGCCUUCCCAACGGAUGCAACCAUGACAGGGCUCCGCUGAAGCUGCUCUGCGAGACCAUGAAGCACCAGAUCAUCUCCCGCGCUUUCUACGGCUGGCUGGCGUACUGCCGUCACCUGUCCACCGUCCGCACGCACCUGUCCGCUCUGGUCAACCCCACUAUCGUUGAGCCCGACAUCCCCUAUGAUGCCAAAGAAGGCCUGUCCGCAGAAGUGUGGAAGACCUUUCUACUGGACACCACUGCGUACGAGGAGGAGGAGCUGCUCCGGCUGGUGUAUUACGGCGGCGUGGAGCCGUCUCUGCGUAAGGAGGUCUGGCCCUUCCUUCUGGGACACUAUCACUUCAGCAUGAGCCUCACCGAGCGCAAGGAGGUGGAUGAGCAGGUUCGAGCCUGUUAUGAGCAGACCAUGAGCGAGUGGCUGGGAUGUGAAGCCAUCGUGCGUCAGCGGGAGAAGGAGCAGCACGCCGCAGCUCUGGCCAAGUGUGCGUCAGGUGCCAGCGUGGACCACGGCUCGCGCCAGGACUCCACCAUCAGCACGGAUUCGUCUCACAGCAGCAGCAGCUCCGAGAAACAGAGUCACGCCGGAUCACACAGCGACUCCAACAGCAGCACUCAGGUGUUCGGCUCUGUAGACGAGGUGGACCCGAUCGAAUCUGAGCCCAAACCCAAAGACGAGAAGCCACAGCCCAGAAUCCCAAACGGCACUCUGCCAAACUGCACCAGUUCUCCAGACUCCGGACAUCCGUCGUCCCGUAACUUCUCCGUGACCUCGGCGCUCUCAGACUGCUCUCCCAGCACAGAGGAGACAUCCACGCAAGAGUCGGGGCCCAAAACCGCAGGCCGAGAGCCGCCUUCAGGAGACCAGACGGUUGAGAAGACCAAAGAGGAGCGACCGGAAAACAGCUCCACUACUCAGGAUACGGUCAAAGAAGAUGCUGAGGUUUCACAAACCAAGAGCGUUGCUUCAGAUGCUGCGAUAAAACCUCUAGAAAAAGACAAACUCCAGACAUUGAAUUCAGAAGAAGACAAACUCCAGACAUUGAAUUCAGAAGAAGACAAACUCCAGACAUUGAAUUCAGAAGAAGACAAACUCCAGACAUUGAAUUCAGAAGAAGACAAACUCCAGACAUUGAAUUCAGAAAAAGACAAACUCCAGACAUUGAAUUCAGAAAAAGACAAACUCAGACAUUCAUUGAAUUCAGAAAAAGACAAACUCCAGACAUUGAAUUCAGAAGAAACAUCUAAGACAGAAACGCAUGAGGCGGCAAACUCAAAAAACGCAGCUGAUUUGUCUGAAAGAGAAACUAAAAUGCAAAACAAUGCUGGAAAAUCUGAACAAAAUGACAUGAAUGAAUCACAACAGGAUCCUGUUGAAGAAACAACCAAAUCCUCAGAUUCAAAAGUGGUUGAGAUUGAAGCUCCAAGACAUGCGUCUUCUCCGUCUGGAGAAGAAAACCCAAAAUCAAAAGCAGACCCAGAAGCGUAUUUGAAAAUGGAUGAAGGCCAAGACGCCAAAUCUGAUCCACAGCCGUCGCUGGACGUUACGAGAAUCUCUCAAACGGAUGAAAACAAACCCCAAAACUCAUCUGAAUGUUCAUCUGAAGCACAGAAUGUGAUACGAACUCUGAAUGAAGCCAUCAGCGCGCCGCAAACGAUCGGCUGGGACGCCGGUCGAUCCAUAAUCAAACAGAUCACCGAAUCCGAGUCGGAGAGCUGCGGCCUCAUCACCUCACUAUCGAAACUAUCUCCAGACCUGUCCGACGACUCGCCCUCGGCGCUGGAAAUGGAGGAGAUUGCUUCGUCGGUGGUUUAUAUGUCCUCGGAGAGCAGCGUGUGCAGGACGCCUCUGACUUUGGCUCGUCCCGUGGCGCCGGAGAAGACGGUCGUGGGAAUGCCGGCUCUGGAGCUCUGCAUGGAGCCGAGCAUCAACACCAGUCCGGAGGGAACAGACUCUGCGCUCUCCGAGGAGGAACCGGAGAUGGACAACUCACUCCCCAAACCAGACUCUCUAGCCGUCACAGGAGACAGGAACGACAUCGCGUCUCCGGUGUCGUCUAUCGGGACCACCUACUCGCAGGAGCUGGUGGACCUUUACACGCUUAAUCUGCACCGCAUUGACAAAGACGUCCAGCGAUGUGACAGAAACUACUGGUAUUUCACCCCGGCCAACCUGGAGAAACUGCGCAACAUCAUGUGCAGUUAUGUUUGGCAGCACCUUGACAUUGGAUACGUCCAGGGAAUGUGUGACUUACUAGCGCCCCUGCUGGUCAUCCUGGAUGAUGAGGCCAUGGCCUUCAGCUGCUUCACUGAACUCAUGAAACGAAUGAACCAGAACUUCCCUCACGGAGGAGCCAUGGACACACACUUCGCCAACAUGCGCUCCCUCAUCCAGAUUCUGGACUCGGAGCUGUUUGAGCUGAUGCAGCAGAACGGUGAUUACACACACUUCUACUUCUGCUACCGCUGGUUCCUCCUGGACUUCAAGAGAGAAAUGGUGUACGAUGACGUGUUCUCGGUGUGGGAGACCAUCUGGUCCGCGCGGUUCGCCUCCUCGGAGCACUUUGUGCUGUUCAUCGCGCUGGCGCUGGUGGAGCUGUACCGCGACAUCAUCCUGGAGAACAACAUGGACUUCACCGACAUCAUCAAGUUCUUCAACGAAAUGGCUGAGCGUCACGACGUCCCGAAGCUGCUGGUCAUGGCCCGAGAGCUGGUGCACAAGGUCCAGAUCCUGAUUGAGAACAAGUGAACACUUCCAUUAACAAUCUGAAGACGCUCGUGUCAUUAAACAAGCCCUCAGCUCGAGUAAAUGCCAAACUAGUGUUGCUUUCAUCUGCCCAGACUUAAUAUUAUAAUAUUUGACAUUCAUUUAUAGCGAAUGCAUAUUGAAAUGGGAAGUUGGGGGUGGGACAAACCGCUCAUCUGACCGGCCAAAAAUACAUAACGUUUAUUUAGUUAUGGACUCAAAGCUAAACCGAUUUUGAUUUCAUGGGGUCUGCAAGAGUAAAUAUGACUAUACUGAGAAUAUAUAAGAGAUGAAGAGAGAUAUUAUAGUAAAACAUUUAAGAUAGUUUUAUACGAGGUCGUGGAUUAAACAAAUGGCUGAGAUAUAUGAAGAUGAUCUAUGAAUGGCACCCUUUCUAAGAGAUUUUCUAAAAGCACAAAGUAUUCAAAAUAAUGCUGUAUAUUUAUUUAUUUUUUAAAUGUGUGACAAUUAAGUCAUAAUCAUUAUUGCAGAUGUUUAGUGUACUUCACACGUCACUUCAUGAUGUUUGCACAGAAAGAGACGGCACCUGUUUGCGUCGGGGAAGAAAGUGAUUUUUUGUCAUUUUCAGCUGAUUGGGAGAGUCUCGUCUCAUAUUUCACCUCUAAAUACAAAGGAAAAAAUAAGAAGUGAUAAUUGCAUUCUAUUUUUAGGGCCAUUAACAUUUAAUUUAGUAAAUCGUUAUUGUAAUGCAUUUUUUUUUAUUAUUUUUU